UAAUAUUUUACAUCAUGUACAUGUAAAACAAAAUUUUUGAAAAUUGUAAAAUUCAAAAGUAAAGCGCCGGAUAAAAAACCGAUUGUGUAACCUGGCUAAGAAAGAUUUUCAAUGUUGAUAAAUGUACAACACUUUCCAAAAUUUUCAAACGGCCGCUGUCUUCGUUCGUUUUUUGCUUUUCUGAAUCUUGAAAGAAGAAACAGGAGACGUUUUCACAUUAUUCCCUUCAAGUCAAAGAUUAUUCUAAAAUGAAAAAUCUAUUCUCUGAUUAAUUACUAUUAAUUAUAGCGGUCCGGUAAUGCAUUGAUUAAAAACUAAAGUGGUGAGAGAUCAAGCUUUCAGUGUUCUCAGCUUUUCAUCUGAUUUCAAUUUCAGUGCUUCGUAAAGCGUGUAUUUUGAGGUAUUUUGGAUUUUUUGUGAUUUCUUAUCAUCGUAGUUUUGGCGCCAAAGGUUUAUCUCACGACUCGGACUCACUCUAUUACCUCAUUUUCUGACAACUUUUCCGGCAGUUUCUGUUUCAGCGUUCAGUUUGUGCUAGUUGAGUGGUUUUAUGCAAAUUUGAAUAAAAAUAUAAAUCCAAUUCGAAAAGGGAUGAAGUGAAGAUCGAACAUUAAGACGUACUGCGUGAAUUGAAUUAAUCAUCAUUUCUGACGAUCCACUUGUUACAUAAUUUAUUCGAAUGUCGAAAAACGAAAGAAAAAAAGUUGAGGUUCAGUUCGUUUCUGAUGAUCAGGUUUGCAAGAACGUUUCGUUAGAUUCUCCGGAUCAACCGAUUGCAAAAAGGACAAGAAAUCAAGUGAACUGUUCAUCUGCAUCGAAGUCAAGAAGUCGUACCUCCACUCCAACUCUCAGAAAAUCGAUUCGUCAUGGGGGCACGCCGAAGCCGAAGUAUUUAGAAUCUCCGAACGACACACCUCCCAGGAAUUCGCGUUGCCGUUUUUCUACCAUAAAAAAUGACGAACGUCCAGGCUCACCUGUUGUCGUCAAAGCUGUCAAGGCAGGAUGUUCAUCCGAAGAAGGAAAAGUCACACCUUUGAAAAUAGUUAGAAGAUCAUCACCUACAGAUCAUACACCGUCAGAUGAAGAUUUUUCAGGAGACGUCACGCCGAAAGUUGAUCAAAAACGUCCUUCGUUUGUCAAAAGUGAAACUUUACGAUCAUCUUCUCGCAUAAGAAACACUCCAAAACUGGAAAAAGAAUCUGUACCCUCAAUCAAUGGCUGUAGAACUCCAAAAACACCACGAUAUACUACUGGCGAUUGCUUAAAUACUCCUCAUACUCGCAGUACAGCUAGAACCUUGAGAAAUGCAUCAACCACUCCUGGCACUCCGUCUGUUCGAAAAACACUCAAUUUUAAUGGAAUCAAUGAGCUGACUCAAACACCUUAUCGUGCACGAAGAAAACUAAAGAAAAAAAUUCAAACCGUGAUACGUGAAGUUGAAGAAGAUAAAGUAGAAGAAGAUGAUACCGAAAGUUUAGAUUCUGAAUACAGCGCGAAUGAUUCGCAAUCAGAAUCUGAUGAUGAAGGAAACAAAUUCGAUUCGGAUUACGAAAGUACUCCUGCGAAAAGAAAUAGGCUAUCUACUCUUCGGAAAAAUGAGAUUUCUUCACCUUCAACUCUUUACCGUAUUACACCUCAAAAGAAAAUCGCUUAUCAAAAUGAGGUACGUUUAGACUCGGAAGGAUAUUUCGAAAGAAAAUCUCUGAAAAAUAUCACGUCAAGUAACGUUUUAAGCAAAUUACCUCUUCCCGAGAUCAGUGAUAUUAAAAUUUCUUCGAAUAAAUACGUUAAACAUGAACACGAAAUCAAUAGCUUAAUGACGAAACAUACAGAACAAUUCACCAAGUGGUUAUUAUACUUGAAAGAAGGAUUUAAUUUGAUGUUAUUCGGUGUUGGUUCCAAAAUAGAAAUCCUCAAACAGUUUCAUAAAGAUAAACUAAGUAACAGUUACGUGUUGAGGGUGAAUGGAUUCAAUAAUAAUUUUUCCAUCAACGAGAUGAUCAAAACUUUGAUGAAAGAAAUUUUGGAUAUAUCUCAUUGCCCAGCCAAUGUUAAUGAAGCUUUGGAUAUUACUUUGAAAGAACUGAAACAAUAUGAAAUUCAUGUAUUCAUCAUAAUUAAUAACAUUGACGGCGUUGCAUUAAGAGGAGCUAAAAAACAGACAAUAUUGAGUAAAUUAGCUGAAUCGCCAUUUGUUCAUAUUAUUGCAUCUUUGGACCAUAUAAAUGCUCCUUUGCUGUGGGGUAAUAGUAAAAUGAGCUGUUUCAAUUUCAUUUGGUUGGAUGUAACUACUUUUGACUCCUACGCAACAGAAAUAAGUUACCAAAAAUCAAUUGAUAUUGAACCUUCUGGAUCUGAUCCAACGCUGGAAUUGCUGAACAAAGUAUUUAAUUGGCAAGAUCAAAGAACUAAAGAAGUAUUUGAACUAAUAGUGAAGGAUUUUCUAAAUAAGAAUAAAAAGAAUUUUAAAGGAACACUAACUUCGGAAUUGUUGAGAACAGCCGUUAAAAAUUUAUCAAUUUCCUCUAAAUCAGCGUUGCUUUCUUCAUUGAAAGCUUUCAUUGAACACGACAUAAUUCACGUAGAGCAUAAUUAUUUAAAAUUUUUAAUACAUCCUAAUGUAGUACGUUCGUUUUAUAAGCAACAUUUUAGUUAAUCUAUGUUUCUCAUUCAUCAUGUUGCUGUAAAUUAUUUGAUAUUGAUUUUGUAUGAUUUUUUUAUAUUUUAUUGUUCAAGAAGACUGUGACUCUUUUUUAAAGUACAUAACAUAUUCUCGAUA